AUGGUGGAUAUUAUUUUUCACUAUCCUUUUUUGGGUGCUAUGGGGGAUCACUCCAAGAAGAAGCCCGGGACGGCCAUGUGCGUGGGCUGCGGGAGUCAGAUCCACGACCAGUUCAUCCUGCGGGUGUCGCCCGACCUUGAGUGGCACGCCGCCUGCCUCAAGUGCGCCGAGUGCAGCCAGUACCUGGAAUCAGGCUCCGAGUCCCGGAGGCUGAGAGAACCCGAGGCCAGGCAAGGAGAGUGCCAGCGGCAGCGCGCGCGCGGAGGGCGGGCGGCCACGGGGCCGGGAAACCUGCAGCCUGACGGAGGAGACCUGGGGACCGAGACCCAGGGGCAGGCAGGAAGGGCCCGUUCCGAACGCUGGAGGCCCAUCCAUGCCCCAGGCCGGGUGUUCGCGACACAUGGAGCGGCCCUGUCCGAGUGGGCUCUGAACGAAGGGGAAGGGCCCUCCCUCCUAGGCCCCCGGGAGCGGGAGACGAACCCCAGUUCCCGAGCAGCGCUGCGUGCCGGGUCCGCGUCGAAGAGAAACGAAAUCGGGCCCCGGAGAGCGCGGCCUCCCCAAGGCUGGGCGCCGCGGGUGGGUGGCGGCCCUUCUCUCACCUCUCGCCCCUACCCUGUCCUCGCAGACGCAGGGUCGGGCCGGCAGCCCUCGCUGCGCCCGCACGUGCACAAGCAGACGGAGAAGACGACCCGCGUGCGGACCGUGCUGAACGAGAAGCAGCUGCACACGCUGCGGACGUGCUACGCCGCCAACCCGCGGCCCGACGCGCUCAUGAAGGAGCAGCUCGUCGAGAUGACCGGCCUGAGCCCGCGGGUCAUCCGCGUCUGGUUCCAGAACAAGCGCUGCAAGGACAAGAAAAAGUCCAUUCUUAUGAAGCAGCUGCAGCAGCAGCAGCACAACGACAAGACGAGCCUCCAGGGACUGACCGGGACGCCCCUGGUGGCUGGCAGCCCCAUCCGCCACGAGAGCGCCGUGCAGGGCAGCGCAGUCGAAGUACAAACGUACCAGCCGCCGUGGAAAGCGCUUAGCGAGUUCGCCCUCCAGAGUGACCUGGACCAACCCGCCUUCCAGCAGCUGGUCUCCUUCUCUGAGUCCGGCUCCCUAGGCAACUCUUCCGGCAGCGAUGUGACCUCCCUGUCCUCGCAGCUCCCGGACACUCCCAACAGUAUGGUGCCGAGUCCCGUGGAGACGUGA